AUGUCACUCAGAGGCAUGUUCGAGCCCAACGCGGCCUCAGACCCAGGAGCGAUAGUGGCAUUACGAAUCGGAGGAUUUUGGGCUCCGAGGACGGCAGUCAACUUUUGUGGGGCGGCGCAAAGAACUUAUGGUGAUCGGUCUGACGGACGCGCUGGAACAGUUUUUCUGGUGGGUAGGGCAGGAUCUCUGCGAUGGAUACACGAAUCACAGGAGGCGAGGCUACGACGUAGACUGACACCCCUUAUCGAAGAGAUAGCAGAACAACUGGCAGCAGCCUUUCGAACAGCAGCGGGAACCUAUCAGGCCCUUGACAUAGCCUCGCACCAAGGAGCUGUCGCAAGGAUUCCCGCGGCUUUGAGAGGCGUCAUAGUCCCCUUCCCGGCCCAGCUGCUUAAAAGCAGUCGCAAGGCUCGAGAUAACCCCUUUCACAGCACUGGCGCUGGGACGCCGGUCAGCCCGCAGACGCCCAGGGUGCCGGGGGAACCACCAUUCCACCAGAUACGAAACAAUGGACAUAGGAUCGCAGCUCUCCGAGACCCACUGAUGUUGGUGCACCUGGUAGAUCGAGAGCAAGGCGGCCCCCUUGACAUAGCCUCGCACCAAGGAGCUGUCGCAAGGAUUCCCGCGGCUUUGAGAGGCGUCAUAGUCCCCUUCCCGGCCCAGCUGCUUAAAAGCAGUCGCAAGGCUCGAGAUAACCCCUUUCACAGCACUGGCGCUGGGACGCCGGUCAGCCCGCAGACGCCCAGGGUGCCGGGGGAACCACCAUCCCACCAGAUACGAAACAAUGGACAUAGGAUCGCAGCUCUCCGAGACCCACUGACGUUGGUGCACCUGGUAGAUCGAGAGCAAGGCGGCCGUGAGCGGCGGCCGCACCGACACGUCCCCGGUAAACUCAGAGUAAUACAGAGCCGCGACAGGGUCUAA